UAAACAAUAUUAGCUUAAAUCAGUAGAACUACGGAGUAGUUUUUAUCCCGUGCGAUACACGGAUUAUUUAAUUUAAAAAUUCAGUUAUAUUAGCUAUUUAAUAUAGUGGAUAAUAAUAAAACAUUGGAGCAAUUAAAAAUACAAUUCAUUUCAUUCGGAGUGUAAUUGAAAUUAGAAUGUCAUUUGACUAAAAUGAAUUUUAAGAGAAAAUAACAUUUGAUUAAGGUAGAGAAGUGGAAAAGAUGAAUAUAAAUGAUGGUUUUAUAAUAAAAUAAUAUAAAUUAAAUUAAAUAGUAACACGUGACAUCAUAGUAUCUAAAACAUUCUGUUUUAAAAUACUACGUAGUAGUAUAGAUGUGUUCUUUGGGGAAAAUAUUAGUGAAUUAAUUAAGGCUUUGUUCUGUUCGACUUGUUUUGACUUGUUUCAGAAAAAAUAAGUUCAGAUAAAUUCAGUUAAUUCCAGAUAAAUUCAGCUAAAUUUUUAUCAGAUAAAAUAAGUUCAGAUAAGUUAAUAUAGUUCAGUCAAAAUAAGUCAAAUAAAUCGAAACCUAAGUGACAAAGUAUUCAUGUGUAGAUAGCUGGAUAUAUAUUUUCCCAACAUUAGAGCAUCAGCAGUGGCAAACUACCACUCUCAACUUUUCAAGCUACACCUAUUUUAAGCUACAAGUCUUCACAUGGUAAGCUAUAACUCAUUUUUAUUUAUAUGGGUCUGACAUGUUGAAAAUAUGUUAAAAAAAACACUACAAAACAGCAAAUGUAGGAUGGACCAGGUAGAGCCCACCUAAUACAACAAAUGGCAGCAUAAUCAUGUGGCUUUGUGGAACUACUUCGCUUGUUUGGAGCUACAACAUAAAUUGUGUUGCAAUGGUUUAGCUUGUUGCUCCAAUUUUUUAAUAUUACAAGCAAAUCCUCUGAACCAACCGCUGGUGUUGCUCUUACUCUUACAUAAAACUAAACUCAUGAGAAUAACGCUUUUGUAGACAAUAUUUUUUUUUAACGUCGAUUAAAUUUGCAUGCUAUUUUGUUCAAACACUUACAUUUAAAAAAGAUAGUUGUUAGUUGUUUAUUUCUUUAUAUGCUUAUAACAUGUUUGCAAGAAUUUGAAUGACUUCAAUCACAACUAUAAAUAAUGAGGGUAAUAGCAGCAACUGUUAAAUUCCAACAAAGUAAGACAAUUUGUAAUUUUUUUAAAGUAAGCGUGCACAAUUGGUCUUUCUUUGUUUUUUUUUUUUGAAAUAAGGGGUGCAAUUGGCCUUUUUUUAUUUAGAUACAUGGAUAAUUUGGGAGAAUUUCCAUCAUAUGUACAUCCUUAGACUUUGGGGAAAGGAACAAACUCAUACAUAUUGUACUACUACUGAUAUUCCACCUUAUUGUCCACUUGAUAAGUACAAUCAUAUGAUCACCUAAUCACACUAAUAAAGAAAUAAAUCAUAUCUCAUUCAUUAUUUUUAUUUCCAUAAUCUCAUAGUCCCUUCAAUUCUCCUCCCUUUUUCUAACCCCCAAUAAUUCUUUAUUAUUAUUUUGUAUUUUUAUAAAUAGUGAAAAGCCAAACCCAAUUAAUCCAUCAUUUUAAAAAAAAUUGCCUCACAAAUUUUGUUGUUUAAUUUUUAUUCAAUGGGGAAAAAAAGAGUUUCAUCAUCCCCAUUGAAAGUGUUAAUCCAAUGGAUUCAAAGGCAAUAUUUAAUAGUGAAAUUAAUACUGGGAGGCAUAGCAACUUUGUGUAGUUUGGUGGCAUUAAAAACACUUGUGAAAGAUCGAGACAUGCUUUUUGUUGCCUCUGAAUCAAGUCAUAUUAUUGGGAUUUUGAUCUUGAUUUACAAGCUCACCACCAAGCAAUCUUGUUCUGGGUUGUCACUAAAAAGUCAAGAGCUAACAGCAAUAUUUUUAGCAGCAAGACUAGUAUGUAGUGUUAUGAUCGAAGGUGACAUACAUACACUUCUCGACUCCAUAACUCUAGCUUCUACUUUGUGGGUGAUUUAUAUGUUACGUUUCAAGUUUAAAUCCACUUAUAUUAAAGACUUCGACACCAUUUCCCUCUUCUAUGUGGUAAUACCUUGUGGCAUCCUUUCAAUAUUAGUGCACCCGAAAGGACGUUGGUUUGUUAUCGGUAGUGUGCUCUGGUCGUUUUGCUUGAGCGUUGAAGCCCUUUCGAUGUUGCCUCAACUUCGAUUCAUGCAAAACGCAAAGAUGAUUGAACCAUUUACUGCUCACUAUGUUUUCGCCUUGGGUAUUUCAAGGUUCGUGGGAUGUGCUCACUGGAUCAUUCAGAUAUAUGAGACUAAUGGAGCAUACCUAGUGUUAGCUGGGAAAGGAAAUUUGUUUCUACUACUAGUAUUUGUAGCUGAAACAGUUCAAACUUUCAUUUUGGCGGACUUUUGUUAUUAUUACGUUAAGAGUGUCGCGAAAGGCAAGAUUAUAGAAAGUCUACCUGUCUAAAAGUUAUACAUCACUAGCAGAAGUGACUUUGGCGAUCGAGAUUGGGAAGUUUAACACAAAUGGGGAAAUUAGGGAGAGAAAUCAACCCAUUUGUUUGUUG